AUUAACUGUGAUGUGUAAAGGCGAGGAGAAGGUCUCUUGAGCUAUGCAGACUUCAUCUCUUCCUGUCAUUUGAGAUCCAUGAAGCCAGCUUGAUUUGUUUGAACUUCCUUCAGCAUCCAUGCAUGGUUAUGGCCAGCUGGUGAAACUUGAGAUGUGAUUUUAUGCAUUUAGUUUCCUCCAUAAAUUUCUCUUCUUUCUUCUCUUUACCCCCAAUGGUUUUAUUCUGAGGAUUCCGUGAGGUACUGGUUACACAUUUUCUUUGGGAUUCCAUUGUGAUGGCUGACUGUUUCUGCUAGCAUCAGCCAUGUUCUCGUUGGAUCUUCCUAUCUGAUUUCUCUCUCUCUCUCUCUCUCUCUCUCUCUCUCUCUCUCUCUCUCUCUCUCUCUCUCUCUCUCUUACUCUCUCCCCACUCCAAUCUUUGGUUGCUUCAAUUAGAUCUUGGAUUUAUGUGGAGUCUCUGGUUCCUCCAAAUGACAAUGCUGCCUUCAGAUUUACUGCUGAUGGGCUUCCUAUCAUUCAUACGCUGCUUUUUUGUUUGAUUCUGAGAUCUAUUAGAGAAACAACUCUGUAAUAUCUUGGCCUGCUUUUCCUCUCAACCUGUAUAAAUUUCCAGUCAUCUUCCAUGGAAAUCUUUCGACAGUUUUCCUACUCAUGAGAUGUUCUCUUGAGUUGCUCUAAGCUGCUGUUUCUCCCUCUUGACUUGGAGAACAAUUUCCCACCCUGGUUCCUCUCUUCAUCAUUUCAUGUGAUGGGUUUCUUUGACAAAGUCUCAUUUUCCUCCUCCUCCCUCCCUUGGUCUUUUCCUGAUUUGACUGUGUUAGUUCUGCUGCACAUAAAAUGACACUUUGUAAGUUUCAACUUUCACUUCACCUUGCAUUCCUCUUUCCAUAAGAGGCCUUGAGAUCUUAGGCCUUUAGGCAGCCUAAUUCUCAACUCCAUUGGUCUGAGCCCCAUGAAUCCAGUCUCAUGUGGACAUGAAAUAAUGCUCUCCAACUCUCCAUCUUGUACUGCAGGUCCAUGAUUUCUACGUUGAGUUCAUACCUUUGCCCUUAGCUUCAUAUCUUCUCCCCUCAUUUUGCAGGCAUCAAAUCCAGUGAAGAGAGGAGAAAAUGGGUGGUUGGUUUUGUGUUGGUCGCUGGUGAUCCUGUUGUCCUUUCGAGGGGUUAUAUGGAAGCUCAAAUCUUUUGUUAUGCUGGAGGCUAAGCACACUACUGCAGGAUCAUCCAGAGAUCAUUGAGAGGGCCCUCUUCAGAUGUUAUCCACUGAAAACCCUGCAGGUCCUUCGUGUUCCUCCAAGCUUCCAGCAGUGAGAACUCUUGUGAGGGCUUCUCCCGACAGCAUUCCCUCCCAAGAGAGAGAUCCUGUAGUCCUUCAAGAGAGAAGAAUCCCAAAUUUCUCUGUAAGAGAUUAUGUUUUUACAUCACGGAGUAAAGGAAUUGAGGCUUCUUGGCCAUUCGCUGCACAGUUCUUGCAACCUUACUUGAAGCACGGUGUCAAUGAUUUAUUGCCACCAUUCGAGAACCCUGAUACAGUGAGAACUCAGAGUCUCUGCAAGGUAGCACAAUUGGUUCAGCCUGCUGCUUGUUCAAAGCCAGAAAGAAUUGCAGCACACUUUGAUGUUCUUGAGCCUGCAGAUGCUGGUCCUUCUGAUGGAGCACUUGCUAGCGUUCUACAGGAUCCAACCAUAAAUCCAUCACCAGAAGACGGGAAGUCUGCAUUUUGUCGAGGAUUUACUGUGAAUGAGCUGAGUCAUAGUGAUGAUGGAACUUCUCAGACAAUGAGAACACCUCAACAAGCUAAAGAGAUUUCAAGCCGGAUCAGUGGACUUCCGUGCUUGGUAUCAUUAAGCGGAAGCUCCUCCAAAGCACAGUUUCAGCCAGAGGUUAUUGAUCUUGGCAAGACUCCUGAGAAGUUGUGUGAACCUUUGGAAAAGAAGAACAGGUUGAUACCCAAAUUGGAUACCAUCUUGGAGACUAGUAAAGCAGAAGAUCUUGCAGAAAUGCAUUCUAUAGCUUUGAAUGUUUGCCCUGUUUGCAGAAUAUUUUCCUGCACUUUAAUCACCACUUUGAAUGCUCAUAUGGACCAGUGUCUUUCCAUGGGGUCUAACUCUAAGGCGGCGAUGAGUAAUGUUCCCAAACAUAGAGUGAAGCCAAGAAAGAGGAGGUUGAUGAUGGAUAUCUAUGCCACUUCUUGCCAUUUCACUCUUGAAGACCUCGAUAAGAGGAAUGGUACAAGCUGGGCUUCUGAACUAUCACUAAUUGCAGCACCAGUUAAUAGCUUUUGUGCUGCUCACACCAAAAGGCCAGAGGUGUCACCAACUGAUUCUACAAAUAAUGGAAAUGGAGCAGUUUCUGCCGAUCCAAAUGGUGUAAAACUUAGGAUUUUAUCUAAAUUCAAAGGUCAAAAAUUGUCAAAGGAGAACUUUAAGUUGAGGAAGCAUGCAAAAGAACCAAAGGAAAACAAGGAUAAGCAUUUUGCAUCGAAACACUUGGAAAAUAAGAAACUGAAGGCACAGAAACAGCAAUUGAUCUCAUUGAAUAUGCUGCAGUCACAGAUUCAAGCUGCAGCCCAAGUAGAUUGUGAGACAGAGAAUCAUCAGAAGAGUGAUAAGUCUCCAUCACAUGUAUCAGAUUCAGGAGACCAUGAAAAAAGAGCAGAUAUCCUGCAAAAAAUGAACAAAAAGGAGAAUUGUAGUACCUUGGAGGAUAUGGAAUCUAUAACCAGCGAACUCCAGUCCAUUAAUGGAAACUUGACUGGUUCUCCAGGGACAGAGAGAGUUAAUUUCCUGCAUAAUCCAGUUCAUAGCAUGGAUGAAAGUAAGAGAGAUUCCCCUGAACUACCUUCAAGUUCCAGAUGGCCUUCUGAAGGUGCUAAUUUGGCAAAUGGUAUUAUCCUGAAAUUGUCAAGAUCAUCAGGGAGCUUGAUAUGCUCAUCAGUAAUGAAAUCAAAAGAGACUGACAUGGCAACUUGGGAGGAUUCUGAUAGCAAUUCGAACAGCAAAAUGGUUCUUUCAAGGAGUUGCUGUUCAUUGUUGAAGGAUGAAACGAACACAACUUCGAAGAAGAAUACUGUCGUAAGGAGUCGAGUUUGUUUGCAACCUAGGAAACUUGGAGCAAUUGAGAAACCAUUUAUCUCUAAAAAGCUUCAAAAGCACAGGACUGAUAUGAAAAAAGGAAAAAACUCACCAUCUAACAGUGCGGGUGUGUGUAGUCCUACUGUUAAUAUUCACCUUCUUAGAACAAGAGAGACAGGAACAAUGGGAUCUCAUCAAUCUUAUACUCCAAGUAGUAUUACAAUGUUUGGAGGAGAGGACAUGAAUGAUGUAUCACCAAGCAGAAGAAAUGAUACAGAACAUUUAAACAUAGUGGAAGAGCAGAAAAGCAAUACUUCGAAUAAUCUUUCUUCAGGAGCCGAAUGUUCUGACACUGAAAUCGAAACUUCUGACUCUGGAGAUUAUGCGACUAGAAUUUCCAUGAUCAAAGCUGUUCCUGAAAACUCAGAAAAGGCUGAACUACCUUUCAGCACCAAGUCGGGUUCUCCUUCAUGUGUAGAACAUGCACAGACUACAUCUGAAAUUGAAGCCCAUGCAGAACAAUUGAAGCAAGCAUUUGAUGAGCAACAGAGGUUUUCUGGUGAAGGAUCAUCAAUUGACAUUGGAAACCAAGAGAUCCAAGCCAAAAAAGAUUGUUGCACAAUUCAGCUUAAAGAAUGUCAGGCUGAGACUCUUUCAGUUCAGGAGUCUAGUGGUUGUUUGACUGGUCAUGGUGAUGAGGGGCUUGAAAUGCCUGAAAAGAAUUCAUCAAUUGACUCUGUUAGAAUGAAAGCAAUUUUUUUCAAGAAUUUGUCCAGUGAAGGGGAACCAUCUGGAUCACCUGUGUCAACUGAUUCGAAAUCCCAAGUUUCAGAUGUAGAACCAUUGUCCAUAGCUGUUAAUACCCGAGAGAGUAUACAUUUAGCAACUCCAUCUGCAGAAAGCAUUGAAGCAACUCAAGAUAGGAACUUGAAGAAUUGGAAACAAGAAAACUCAAACAUCAGACCACCACAUCAGUCAGUUUCCGUGAAAAGUUCACUAGAUUUUGCUGUCAAGAUAUCUUCACCUAGGCCAUCACAUCAAUCACAGAUUCAUUCUGUUUCCAGUCCUAUACUAAGGUUGAUGGGCAAAAAUUUGAUGGUGGUGAACCAUGAAGAGAUUGUGCAACCUCAAACUACUGCAUUGGAUUGCACACAACAGGUGAAUCAUUGUGCUUCCAGCAACAAUCACUUGAAGCAUGAGAUUUCUCCAUAUCAGCAUAAUCAGCUUUCGAGUGGAUCUCCAGCCAUUGGCUCAGGUUUACCAAUGGGUGAUCACCAGAUGCCCCUAGAUCUCCCUAGCACCUCAGUUGGUGGCUUUGCAUGGGCUUCACUGCAAAAUGGUUGUAGGGAUCAACAAACUCAGCAGAGGAAAUCGAGUACAAAGCUCACCUCAUCUCAUCAUACACUGGACAAGGUGAUUGUGAUCGAUUGCUCACCCAAGCAUGAGGCUGAUCUAAAAGGCUGCCUAUCAAAUUCGACAAGCACUUUGCCUAAUAGGCCAUUGUCCUGCUAUCCAUUGCAACAUCAUAUUAGAGAUUACCCAAGAAUCUAGUUUCCGAAUGCAUAUUCAAGUGUCAGUGCCAGUUUCAUGAAUCAAGGAAUCACUUCAGAAGGACAUAACCUUUUUCUGUCAAGCCCCACCGCGUUCCAGUCUCCUACAGGUCAAAAGGGACCUUUGAUGUAUUACUCACGAAUCCCGCAUUGAUCCUACAUUUUAUUGUGAGCAUAAGAAGGUUUCUCCUCAAGUUUCGAAAUGCAAUCUUCUUCAGUAUCUGCGGAGGCCAAGCUGACAAUUAUGCAGAGUUUCUUUGGCAGAUUGCUUCUAGUACAGCUAGAAAGUGACAGUUAUCAAAUGAAUCAAAAGCUGGCAAAAACUUAAGAAUCAGAAUCUCAAAAUAGAUCAUGUAUUUAAUUUGUUGUUUUCCAGCUGGUUUUGAAUCAUUUUCCUUCUUUACAAUUUCAGUGCAUUGGACUUUAAGCAAAACCUAAUGUGAAGUGAGAAUAAUCAGUGCAUCUCCAACUAGUUCCUCCUGACAAUGGCUAAAAGUUUCCAUUGCAGAGUGAACAAUGCUUGUUCUUCUUGUUGCUAAUAAAUUCUGAACUGGAACUUGUGUA